AUGCUUAACCGCCAUUGCAGUGCACUGCUGAAAUCGCAUCGACUAUGCUUUGCCGGAUUGACUGAACUUAACUUCGCAACAGGAACAGAGAGAACAGGGAGAGCGGAGGGAGUAGAGGCAGAGGUGGCAGAGGCGGGAGACCGGACGGCGGAGGAAGAGAAGGCAGAGGGAGAGAAGGAGGAGGGGGAAGAGGAAGAGGAAGCGAAAACAGGGACCAUAGAGGUGACAGAGAGGGCGGGGACAUCCACCAACGAUAGGCCAACUUGGGACCGACGCGAUUUUCAAAGAAGAGAUGAAGAUCGAAGCGGUGACUGGUUGUCUAGCAAUGAAUCUAACUCCUCCCGCCGAAAAAACCGUCAUGAGCGGAAUGCAGAAAAGCUCGCUGCACGCUCAGAACAAACUGAAUUUAACCUGGAAAGACCUCCUCAUACCCGACCCCAAGUUUCCAUUACAGCCCCUCGCGCCAUCCCUUAUACAACGGCUGCUUCCGAAUUUAUCUACGGCGCAUCGGCCGUGCUCGCUGCUCUGCGAUGCGGCCGCCGCAAAUUGUACAAGCUCUACAUUUACGAUGCGCCCGAUAAGGUCUCACUCCGAUUGGGAAGGAAACAGCCUCGGGAUCCAAUGCUGGAUACAAUAACUAAAUUUGGCCUGGCUGCUGGUGUCCACGUCAAGCAGGUUGCUGGCAAUUGGCCCAAGCUAUUAGACAAAAUGAGCGGCGGAAGGCCGCAUAACGGGUGUAUCCUAGAAGCAUCUCAACUACCCAAAUUGCCAGUUGACAGCCUCCUUCCGGUCGCAUCACUCUCAGAUACGCAUUUUAAUGCGUCAGUUUGUCAACAAUCGGCGGAGGAGGCGGAAGUCAAUGGCACAAGUGGACGCAUUCCUCGAUGGGCGUACAAGGAUGAGGACUGUUCCUUGACGGAGAAUGUUUUCAAACCGUCCCGAUAUCCCUUUGCCCUCCUACUGGACGGAAUUCGAGACGAAGGAAACGUAGGCGCCAUUAUCCGAAGCGCUUACUAUUUCGGCGUCGACUCUAUCAUUGUAUCCACCCGAAAUAGCGCCCCGAUAUCCGCUGUGGUCAUAAAGGCCUCCGCAGGCGCCGCGGAAAACAUCCCCAUCCUAACAACCACCAACCCCACCAACUUCCUGAAAAACACGCGCAUGAACGGCUGGAAAAUUUUCGCAGCUGAGGCCCCCGCUGCGGCUAGUGCGUCCCAGCAGACAUUCGGCACAUCAAACGAGCAAAUCCUCAGUCGGCGGGACGUAAGUACUAAACUUAGCGAAGCGCCUUGCAUCCUGAUGCUUGGCAGCGAAGACCAGGGCUUGCAGAGAAGCGUACGACAGCAAGCAGAUGGUGCUGUGGUCAUACCAGGUGCUAUCACCUUGAGCAGCGCAGAAGAUCGAGCGGGGGUUGAUAGCUUGAAUGUGAGCGUUGCUUCUGCGUUGCUAUGCGAGGCCUUCCUUGGGGACCCAUCUUCGACUGGCCAGGGCCGGUCACCGGCUGAGGGCAUGAUGUCGACUGUCGACAUGAUUCGCGAGGAGGUGAAGGAGGAUCCGAAUAAGAUGUUUUGA